AUCCUCGUGUUUUGUGUUUGCGGAAUACAUGCCCCUUGCUAGGAAAGUUACACGAGUGUUUUAAUGGUACAUCUUAACCUAAUUUAACAUUGUAAAAACAAACAGAUAAAAGGUCCUUUCGGGUUCAACAUUUAGCACUUGCAUUCCAAGAAAGACAGUAGGAUUUUUUACCAUGCCUCGCAAGAAGGUGACAGGUGUGUCUGGCAACGGUGGUGUGAAGAGGAAAAGAGGUGGUGGCAAGAAGAAGGACAGCGAGUUUAGCAGUGACGAUGACUUUGAUGACUUUGAACAGGAAAACACCAAGAAACCCGGGAAGCCAACAGCUAAAGCAGGUCUGCAGCCGGUUACUGUGGAUGAUGAUGUGAAGGAGAAGAUUAAACUUGAGGUUCCCAAAGUCAAAGGUCAACUGCUCGUUUUUGGAGCCACCAACUGGGAUUUGAUUGGCAGAAAAGAAGUGCCAAAACAGCAAGCUGCUUAUCGGAACCUUGGGCAGAAUCUGUGGGGGCCUCACCGCUAUGGUUGUCUCAGUGAUGUCCAGGUUAGCUGUGUGGUGUCUGGACCCUGUGCUGCCCACAGUCUCAUCAUCACUACAGAGGGCAAACUCUGGAGCUGGGGUCGCAAUGAAAAGGGGCAGUUGGGGCAUGGAGACACUAAACGAUUGGAGGCGCCAAAAUUAUUGGAGGGACUGGGGGAGGAAGUGAUUGUAGCAGCUGCCUGUGGUCGGAACCACACCUUGGCUUUAACUGAAAAUGGUACUGUGUACUCAUUUGGAGAAAAUAAAUUGGGGCAGCUUGGUCAGGGCAAUCAGACAGAUGCUGUUCUCAGCCCAGCUACAAUCCUUUACAAUGGGCAGCCAAUAGUCAAAGUCGCAUGUGGUGCAGAAUUCAGCAUGAUAGUGGACUGCAAGGGGAACAUUUACUCUUUCGGUUGCCCGGAAUAUGGCCAGCUUGGGCAUAACUCAGAUGGAAAGUUCAUUGCACGUGCCCAGCGCAUUCAGUUUGACUGUGAGCUGAUCCCUAGACGCGUGGCCAUUUUCAUUGAGAAGACUAAAGAUGGCCAAGUGCUUCCUGUGCCAAACGUUGUGGCUCGAGAUGUAGCUUGUGGGGGCAAUCAUACACUGGUGCUGGAUUCCCAAAAGCGUGUAUUUUCUUGGGGAUUUGGGGGAUAUGGACGACUAGGCCACACAGAACAGAAAGAUGAAAUGGUUCCACGGUUAGUCAAGCUGUUUGACUUCCCCGGCCGUGGAGCAACCCAAAUAUACAGUGGCUACCAGUGUUCCUUUGCUGUGAGUGAAACAGGAGGUUUGUUUUUCUGGGGCGUAACAAAUACUUCUCGUGAGUCCACCAUGUACCCCAAGGCUGUGCAGGACUUGUGUGGAUGGAAGGUACGCAGUCUGGCCUGUGGGAAGAGCAGUAUUAUCAUAGCAGCUGAUAUUAGCACCAUUAGCUGGGGACCAUCUCCCACAUUUGGAGAGCUGGGCUAUGGUGACAACAAACCAAAAUCAUCCACUACUGCUCAGGAGGUUAAAACUCUAGAUGGGGUGUACUCUGAACAGGUCGCAAUGGGUUAUUCUCAUUCCCUGGUUAUUGCUCGCCAAGACACUGAGCAGGAGAAGGAAAAGCUCAAGAAGCUGCCUGAAUACAACCCACGCACACUCUGAAGACAAUCUGUUAAGUGUUCACAUUUUCUCCAGGGGCUUAUUUUAAAUUGAAUGCCUCUACUCACUAGGUCACCUUGGUUGUCACUGUUUGGUUGGGAUGGGAUUUUGCUUUUAGGACAUCCAAUUAAUUUUGAAAGACAAGCCACAUGUCGAACUGAAGCAUGAAGCAAGGAAGUUGCGUUAACUCAUCUGUGUAGGCUCUGGCUUUUCCAGAAUGGUUAUUGUGGCUUCAUACAUCUGUUUCAAUUUCACAAUUGUCCCAGCAAUGAGAGAGAAGCAACUACUUUCUCUUAAGCACUCGGAUUCCAGUGGAUCCAUCUCUUUUACAUCUACAUUCCUAAUGGGAGUUUAUCACUUUUUUUUUUUUCUUCCAUAACAAUGACUAUAAGAUCCUUCUCUGCUCUCUUCCAAAAAAACUGGUGCUAAAUCAUUCUAAUGCUGACUAUCAAUGGGCUAAUGGUUCACUAAUGGACAAACUCACUUCAAUCUUGUGCCUUUUUAAGUGAGGUGAUUGACAACUCCUCACGUUUUAUGGGGCACUUCACCUUUCAUUUCAUACAUCACUUUCAUUACUUCCAGCUCCACACUAUUAUCAUACAUAAGAACGUCAUUUUUGUUGUGGUCUUUUUUUACCUAAUCUGGGAAGCAUUUUCAAAUUCUGCAAUGCAAAUGAGACAUCAGCUGUGAGAUCUUUUUAAAAAGUAUUAAACGUAAGAAGUGCUACCUUGUCUAGAAAUGAAAAUGUAUAUCUUCAUGCCCUUGCCUUUUCUAGUAUUGUAAGCUACAGAAAUGCUGUUCUCAUGCAUUGAUGUUAGUAUGAUGUGGAAAUAAUGGACAUGAUGUUGAGAAGUGUAUGAUUGUCCCAUCAACUGGGACCACAAUGUUCUUUACAUCAUUUCAUGCAAUAUGUUGAGGACUAUGCCAUUUCUUUGCAUUUACCUGGGAUUAAACUGUGAUCAUAUUGUUACAUUAUCUUUAAUGAACAGUACUUAAGUCCAUCAACAGUUUGUGGGCAAGCAACAAGCUUGUUAUGUUUUAUGACCGUUUUAAAUUUUGUGUACUAAAAUUAGUUUAUUUGUUAAUGCAGUGAAUGUCCACAAACUGGAAUUCCAAUUAUUUUGAUUUCUUAAAUGUUUUUCUUCCUUAAUAUUAAAUAAAGGUUCAUGUAAGUUGG